AUGGAACGCUUCCGGUUCAGGGCACCUCCCCUCUCGCUCAAGCUAGCCUUCGCCGCCGUCUCCCUCGGCGUCUCCUUCGCCGCCGUCUCCUCCUCACCCUCUCCCCUCCCUUCCUCGGCCGCCUCCUCCUCUCCGCGGACCGUAGCCGCCGACCUCCUCGCCGUCCUCGCCGGCCCGCGCGCCGCGGCGCGGGUGCCGGCCCGGGAGGCCUCGCGCCUGAGCUCCUGCCUCCGGUUCCUCUCCCCGGCCAACCCCGCCGCCGUGUCUAGCGCGUAUCCCCGGAGGGGCUCCCGGAAGGUUCUCCUGGAAGGCUGCGAUGCGGCCGAGGCGGACGCGAUGGUGAUGUGGCCGCCGGCGCCGGUCUUGGAGCUGGCGCUCCUCGCCGUCGACUCCGGAGGCGACCCUGGGGCCAUCCACCGCUUGCUCGACCCCACCAUGCUGCCGGUGCCUGAUAUUGAGGGAACGAAGAAGAGCAAAUGCCACCUCACAAGAACACCGUAUGGAAGACGCUUUGCUGAUGAGUUGUUUACAUGUUUGUGUUAUGAUCAGGACAUCAAUUCAUACUUUGCAUUUCUGUUUGAAUUGAUUGCUGCGCGAGGACCAUCAGUUGGAUUAAAUGUUUCACUGACUCGUUAUGAUUUAUUCCACGGGCAUCUUUUCCUGGCAUCUGGUACAGGAAGGCUUGGGAUUCUGUUCCACGCCAAAGAAUAUCCAGCAUUCGACAAGAAAUUGUUCCCUUACAAUUUGGGAUAUUGCCAGGCUGAAUCUGAUGUACCCUAUGAUGAUUCCAUGAAUUUACGUAAUAUCCUUUGGUUAGCUCCAUUGCCAUCCAGUGAUAAUAAAGUUUGGUUAGCACCAGGGGUGCUAGUCGUCUUGGAUGCACAUCCAGAUGGAAUUAUUUAUCAAGAUAUGAUACGUGACUAUGUUCAGAUCGUACGAACAAUAUACGAAGAUGAUUUCGGAGAGCUUGCGGUCGAUGUCAACUAUCUGAAUGCAGCCAACACAGCUCCAGCGGAUAGGAUUUUCAUUUGCUGA